AUGUCGUCUUCGGCCGCGCCAACGAACGCCGUCCAAUCAGCAGCCCAAGGCCCCGCUGUCCCCUCCAAUAAUAAGAAGAGGGCAAAUAGAAAGAAGAAGGGAAACAAGAGCAAUACUGCCGUCGGCAACACGACGACCACUGCCUCGAACACGCAGAACCCCCCUGCACCCGAGCCAAAGGCAGCUGGACAGGAGGAUGGCGUUGAGAGCGAACCGGUCGACGAAGUGUCAGAAGAGCUAGAGACCCUCGGUUUGGAUACUCGCAACCCGCCGCCAGAGCCGCACGCUGCGGUAGACCGGUCGGGGACAGAACCGAGCGGUCCAGAAGAAGAAGGAGACGCGGGAACGACGACUGAACCGGCAGUGGAGACCGAAGACGAUUCGAGACCUGCGGCUAACGGCCAUGCUCGCGCAAACGGGCAUCCACAAACCGGGUCAAUAUCAGGGGUGAAAAACGCCGAGUUAGAAGCCAUGCCAGAAGACCACGAGGCCUUGCGGCUCGAGGUCGAGCAGCUGCGAAAUCAACUUGAAACCACACAAGAAUCGCAUUCUCAGGAAACCGCGCAAUUACGAGCCGACUUGGAAGAUGCCGAGUCCGCAAAGGAAUAUGCCGAGACCCAGUACCAUACACUCUUAAAUCGUGUCGAGAAGAUCAAGGAGACGCUGGGCGACCGCCUAAAGCGUGACAAGGCCGAGCUAGAGGACACCAAGGACCGUGUCGACGAGCUCGAGAGGCAAAACGAUGAGCUACAAAGGACAUUGGCCGAGCGCGAGGAGGAAGCAGCCCGCCUGAGGGAUGAGGUACAGGAGCAAGGGCGCGAGCUGGUCGGCUUGCGCAGCAGGAGCAACCUGUCGCAGCAGAAUUGGCUAAAGGAGAAGGACGACAUAACACGGCAGAUGCAGAACCUCAAGGGCGAGCUCGAGUCCACAACGGCUGCCAUGGGCGAGUGGGAAGUCAUUGCCAUGGAGGAGCGCUCCUUACGCGAGAGCCUGUCGGAUAAGGUAUCCGACCUCGAGGAGCAGGUCGCCACCGCGCGCGAGGCGUACGAGCGAGCCGAGUCGGAUCGCGAUGCGCAGUCGCAGGCCGUCGGCCGUCUCCAGCGCGCACUCCAGGAACUCCAAGACACGCGGAAGAGGGAGUUGCGCGAGAUGGUCGAGUCCACAGAAGAGCAGGUGCAAGCGCUGAAAAAGCUCACCCAGGAGGCCGAGUCACGAGCCACCGAGGCCGAAUCGUCCAAGGAGACGCUAACCAAAGAACUCGAGCGGACGGCGCCGUUCGAGAAGGAGGUCAAGGAAAAGAACCUACUAAUCGGCAAGCUGCGGCACGAGGCGAUCGUGUUAAACGACCACCUCACCAAGGCGCUCAAAUACAUCAAAAAAGACCAAACCAGAAGAAACAAUCGACAAAUCCUCCAAGUCAUGGCCAACCUCCUCAACUGGACCGACGACCAGCGCGAAAAAGCCGGCCUCGCCCGGCCCGGCGGCGCGUCCUCGGGGGGCAGCGGCAACACGCUGCGCCUACCCUCAUCGCCCUUCCACCGCACGCCUAGUUCGCCCGCCCUCAGCACCGAGUUCCUUUCCGACGCCAUGUCGUCGUCGGGCGGCGGUGGUGGUGGCGGUGGUGGCGGGCCGAGAGAAUCGCUCGCUGAUUUGUGGGCGAGCUUUCUCGAGCAGAGUGUUGAUGAGGCGACGGGUGGUGGGGGCGGGGGGACGUCGUCGAGGAAGGAUAGUGUUGCGAGCAAAUUGCUGUGA